UCAACGAGGCAAGUUUGUGGUGGCUCUGUUCUUACCAAAAUUAAAAUGUCAUUGUCUGUCAAAGAUAUAAGCGAGACGGAGACUGAUGUCUACUUCGAGGGAAAUGAAAAGUCUACGUCUAGUAGAGCGAUUCCAGUUUGUGUUACUAAGUCGCGUGCAUCUUCAGAGUCUAAAGCCGUUCUGCUAACACACGGAGCAGGAGGAGACAUGAACAUGCCGCACCUGACAGCUGUCGCCAAAGCUGUUGCGAAUGCCGGGUUUCUGUGUGUUCGAUUUACUUGCAAGCCGCCCGCUAUGCAGCAUCGUCUGAAGGCAUACCGGACUGUGCUGAAUUGGACUCGAAGUUGCUAUCCUCAAUUGAAAUAUGUCAUUGUUGCUGGUCGAUCAAUGGGUGCUCGAGUUGCUGCUGCUUUGGCGUGUGAACCAGAUAUGUCAGAUUUUAUUUCUGGGUGUAUUUUCUUGUCCUAUCCACUCUACUGUCCUUCCAAACCCUUAGCGCUUCGAAAAGAGCAUUUGUUACCUUUGGCUGUACCAUCACUAUUUCUAAGUGGAGACUCUGAUGAGAUGUGUGAUAAGAAGGUACUCACAGAGGUAGCAGCUAAGAUGGCAACGCAGCCAGCUAUUUACUGGGUGGCCGGAGCCAAUCAUGGAAUGUCUGUGAAAGGUCGUAAAAGGAUUGACAUUGAAGAGGAAAUGUGUGGGUGUGUAGUGAAAUGGGUUACUAAGGAGUUUAGGAGAUUAUCCAAGAGGUCUGUUGAGGAAUCAAGGGAUUCUGUUGGUGCUGCACCAAGUGUGGAGAACUCACCAAUCAAACUUGCAUUCGAACGAGCAAGGAAAUGUAAGAAGCAUCCAAGGCAGAAGUCAAGUGAAGAGGCAAGCAAGAAGCACAGAAACACGUGAUUGGAUCUUGCUUGUAUGGUAGUGUAGCUCAAGCAUCGAUGAAGCUCUGAAGGUCGAGUGCACCAACACUUCAUGUAGUCGUGCAUAUAUGUUAGGCUAUAAUGUAUGAUAUUAGGUUCUAAUUAGAAGCAAUUAAUAAGUACAGAAAAAAUUUACUAAGCUACUGCGACAAACUCUGACUUCUUGUAGUUAUGUUAAUUAACAAAUUAGAAUUUUAUUGCAAUAGGGAGUCUGGUCAAGAGGGAAAAAGGAAUUGUUUCUUGUACAGUAGUAGGCUAAAACAUAUAUCUAUUGUUCCAGUUCAUACAUCAGAGUUAGUAUGUUUUGAACACAUCCAAGCAAUAGUACAGAAAUGCACCCCGGAUGUUGACUUCAUGACUGAACUAUCAGUUCCAAAUGUAAAGUGUUGCGGCCUAUAGUAACGCACGUUAGUAGGUGUGAUCAAAGUAAUUGUAGCUACCAAUAAAAUUAACCAAACACAGAAAACUAAGUAGAUACUCGACAACAGACAUGAUGCAUGGAUCUCAGUUAGGCAUUGGACAUACUCGCCUGCAUUCACAACCGCCGGAGCAUACCAACUCUUCAACUCCAGAAUUUUUUGGAAAACUUUUGCUUUCCUUUACAAAACAUGGAAGUGCCAUAGCGGCUCCAGUGGCCCUGUAUUUACACAUGUUAGUCUCCCAUAGCCAGACCAGUUUUUCCGCCAAACAGUAGGGAGCUGAGAGGUCUCGUUGCUUGAAACUAUGAACAUACACUAAUGCCAGAGCACUGAGACUUUGGCAUCUAGUCUUUUGUACUAUACUGUACUACAGUCCACUAAUUGAACUUGUGAGAGAAAUCAGAAAUUGAUGGAUGUAAUGAUAAAAAAUCAGUGGCGAAAGAACCGGGUCAGGAGGGGCAAUAUGGGGAUAGGGGCAUCAUCCCUCCAAUACUGGCAACUAUGUAUUUAAUCAGAUUGAGAGAGACAUUGCCAGAGACUUUUUUCACAAAUGAUGAUCAAAGAAUGCUCUAGAAGUAUUGUUGCUUGCAUAGAACUAAAUAAUAUGAAUGCUGUUGCAGUAGACUCGCUUGUCACUUGAUAGACAUUGUCGUCAUUUGUGCAUGCUGCUCUGGCUACUUCUGUCACAGAUUAAUCAAUGACAAAACAACUCUAUUUAGUUACAAUCAAAAUGGUGGCAGUCUGUUACAAAAAUUUUAUCUCCCCCCUAAUCCAAAGGAUCUUUCGCUGCCCCUGGAAAUAGACUACAGUCCUUCAUUUGUGACUUUUAGUGUAUGCCUUACAUAGGCGUAGGAACCGGGGGUCCAGGGGGCCAUGGCCCACCUAAUAUUUACAACUAAUAUAACAAUAUCUAAAA